GGGAUGUUUACUCAGGCCUUGCAGAUGCUAGAGGUGUCUAUAAAACAGACAUCUGCUUCUGGCUGUUAAAGCUGUCAGAUCUUGGAGAACAGGAGGUGGUUUGUAGAAUAGCUGUUCACCAUGCGGUCCCUAUUGUUCAUUGUUGCGUUUGCCUUCUUCUCAGCAUCAGUGUUGGCUGAUGAGAAGCCCCUGUUGAGCUAUUUGGAGGAUGCUAAGGGGGUCGUUGUGGGGGGCAGAGAGGCACCUGAACACGCCUGGCCCGCGCAGGUGUCACUGCAGGUUGGGAGAAGAGGGCGCUACGGUCACAUUUGUGGAGGAACUCUGAUCAGCAGGAGAUGGGUGAUGACGGCAGCUCACUGUGUAGACAGCCCAGCGACUUGGCAGGUCGUUCUUGGAGAACACAAUCUUUACAAGAGGGAAGGUACAGAGCAGACCAUUGCCGUCAGCCGAGCCAUCGUUCACCCCAGAUGGGACACAGACGACCUUGCAGCCGGGUACGACAUUGCUGUGUUGCGUCUCUCUAAACCGGCAAGGUUGAACAGCUACGUGCAGCUCGCUAAACUGCCCCGUUCUGGAAAGAUUCUGAAGCACAACCACCCCUGCUUUGUCACUGGGUGGGGUCGCACCAGAACUGGUGGAGAUGGCUCUUCUGUGUUGAAGCAGGCCUACCUGCCUGUGGUCGGCUAUAGAACCUGUUCUAAGAAUGCUUGGUGGGGCAGAGUAGCUAAGAAAACCAUGGUGUGUGCUGGAGGUAAUGGACGAGACUCUAGUUGCCAGGGAGACUCAGGUGGUCCCCUGCACUGCAGCCAGGGUGGAAGGUAUUAUGUCCACGGCGUGGUCAGCUUUGGCGGCAAUGUCUGCAAUAAGCGACGCCAGCCGUCCAUGUUCACCCGCGUAUCCGCUUACAUCAGCUGGAUGCGACGCGCCAUGAGAAGAGGCUGAGACUCAGACUGUCCUGCGCAGCAGGGUGCCAGAACAGCACGAGCUCCUCAUCUGUCAACUGUGCACCACUAAAGACAAUAAAGUCUAUACCUAAUGCAGAUUA